GCUGGUAUUGCGCAUGAUCGCCAUUUUUUGUUAAAUUAUGUCACUUUCUUAUGAUUCCUUUAUUGGUUAUGUACCCUAAGUAAACAAAAAUUUAGAAUCAUUUAGUAAUAAAUAAAUGUUUGUCUGAAGUUAGAUAUUUUGUUGAAAUUGAAAUAAGUAAAAAAAGAUGAAUAGGGAAGAAAAGAAUAGUAUGCGCCAAAGUAACAGGACCCCGAAGAAAACGCCAAUUACUGACGAUUACGACAUUACAAAGACGGUUUUAGGUCUUGGAAUCAACGGUAAAGUUGUUGAAUGUUUUUCUAAAGCUACAAGAGAGAAGUUCGCUCUUAAGAUACUUGUUGACAGCCAGAAGGCCAGAAGAGAGGUUGAUUUACAUUGGCAAGCAAGUGGUUGCCGUCAUAUAGUCAAUAUUAUUGAUGUAUAUGAAAAUAAAUAUAAUAACAAUUCUUGUUUAUUAGUCGUAAUGGAAUGCAUGGAAGGUGGAGAACUCUUUCAAAGGAUUCAAGACAAACCAGAUGGGGCAUUUACUGAAAGAGAGGCAGCACAGAUCAUGCAUGAAAUAUGCAUUGCUGUAAAAUAUUUACAUGAUAAUAAUAUUGCACACAGGGACUUAAAACCAGAGAAUUUACUCUACUCAAAAAAGGGUACUUACGGUAUACUUAAGUUAACUGAUUUUGGUUUUGCAAAAGAAACUUUAGUGAAGGACACACUUCAGACACCCUGUUAUACACCAUAUUAUGUUGCUCCAGAAGUUUUAGGGCCUGAAAAAUAUGAUAAGAGCUGUGAUGUUUGGUCUUUAGGAGUUAUUAUGUACAUUUUGUUAUGUGGUUUCCCUCCAUUUUAUAGCAAUCAUGGGUUGGCGAUUUCACCAGGGAUGAAAAAUAGGAUAAGAAUGGGCCAAUAUACAUUCCCCAAUCCUGAAUGGCAAAAUGUUAGUCAAGAUGCUAAAGACCUUAUUAAUGGUAUGCUUAAUGUGGACCCGGCUAAGCGGUUAACAAUUGACCAAGUCAUGAGCAAUAGAUGGAUUGCUCAAUACACAGCUGUCCCACAAACUCCUUUACAUACACACAAAAUGUUGAAAGAAGGCGAAGAGAUGUGGCCGGAAGUGCAGGAAGAAAUGACCCGAUCAUUGGCCACAAUGAGAGUGGAUUAUGACCAAGUGCAUAUAAAAACACUAGAAAAUUCAAAUAACCCACUUCUAAAUAAAAGGCGUAAACGUUCCGCAAAUCAAGUGACGUUUAAGGAACAGAAAUAACACCUAGUUAAUGAUUUUACUACCUUGCGUUUUAUUAAUUGUUACAUACGAUUUUUUAAUCAUCUCAAAACGUAAUAUUUUGAAAUAACGAUAAGAUUAAAAAUACUUUUAAAGCUUCUAUUGUCUUACAAUUGCAAACAAAUCGAUUUUAACUGAAUGAUUUGUGUCUAGUGAAUUAAGAUUUUAACGUUUUAGAUUUGUAUUAUUAGUUACACUUUAUAGGAAUUCUUCAUUUUUAAUUUAUUUCUAAAGUGAUGCAAAAAUUUUCAAUUUUCCAAUAACACUUGUAUUAUUUCUUUUGUAGUAAAUAUGUCUAUGUUUUGAUUAAUAAUAAUAAUAAUGCAACAAAUAGCGAAACAAUGUUAAUAAUGUUGAGGAAAUGUAUUAUAGAUUAAAAAAAAAAAAGAUUAAAGGUGCUACUGAAAUUUUCCUCGUAUGUUUUGUACACACUAUAUGUACGCUUUUUUUGAACACAACUUGUAAGUCGGAAAAACGUUUCAAGUUUUGUGCAUAGUUGAUCACUUGAUUUAAAAACACCAUUAAUAUUGUAACAUGUUUAAUUUCAUAUGAAACUAUGAUCUAAAUAAUUAAUGAUAGCAAGUAUUAUUAUAUUUUUUCGACAAAAAAAAACACAUGAAGUCAUUUUCAUGAUUUACUUUAGCACAUGAGUGCCAUUUUAAUGUAAACUGCUAACAAACUUAAUAAAAUUAGCUCUAUUUAUCUAA